UAAUCAUAUGACAGGCGAACAUGGCGGAUAGCCGGUGCAUCCCGAAUCGGAGAAUUAUUAUUGCACAAACUUCCACAAAGCUCUCGAAAUGAAAAGAGCAUUAUGUCAGACGCUUUGGAAGCUUCUCCAGAGGCAGACGUACACUUGCUUGUCGUCUCGGUAUGGGAUAUGGUUGUGUAUCGGGGGCCUGUUGCUGACUUUAAUCUCAGCUUUUCAGUUUGGAGAAGUCGUUGUUGAAUGGAGUAUGCAAAAGUAUGCCGUAAGGUUCAAUGCCUUUCACGAUAACCUUCUUGGAAAUUCAUAUCAGAACAGACUUUGCCUUCCAUUACCGAUUGAUGUCGUCUACACCUGGGUCAAUGGAAGCGAUCCAAAGUUACUCGCUGAUUUGGAGAAACUUAAGCUAGAAAUGGAGUUGGAACAAAAUAGAACCACAUUGAAAGAAAUAGCGAAGUUGAGGAGCGAAACAAAUGCUACAGACGAAGAAAUUGCUAAGCUGAUUUCGGAGAAAGCGUUGAAUUCUAAGAAGGAAAAGAAAGGAAAAGGAGCAGCGGAGAAAAAUGGCGAUAAAAUAGGCGAUUCGCGCUGCCCUUUUGAAAAUUGUGUUCCAGCUUUCAGUGUCAUUGUGGAAAAUGGUCUCCUGGGUGAUUUGCAACUGUCGCAACUACGCGGGAUCGAUUUCUCGUUCGCGAAAGCUACCAGGUGUUUUAACGUCACCACGCCAGAUGCAAGUAAGGAACAUGUGAGUGUAAUUCAAUUCCCCGGAAAAAGUGAGACUGAUGACGCGUUGAAAGUUAAGAUCAGAUGGCAAGAUAAGAGUUAUCGCAGCAAAGAAGGUUAUUACACAAGUGAUGCUACUAGACCCACUGCAGUGAGGAGUGACACUGAAGUGAUGAUUAUGAACUUGAAAGGAGCAAAUGAAGUGGAAAAAGUCAAGAAAGAUUUAAAAGACCGUUUUGGAAGUAAACUAAAGAAUGUGAUUUUUCAUGCUGAUAAACUUGUUAUUGUUGCAUACUUCUCAGACAAGGUGUCAGCCUCUUCUGCAUUAAAAUUAAGUUUGACUUUUAAUGGAAAAUCUCUGAAUUUAGCCCCAGCCUUUUUGAUUUGGGCCUCAUUUUUUUUGAAGCAGGGCACAAAUGAUGACAAAAAAGAAGAUGCUGAUAUCUCUGCAAGUCGUUUUGCAGACAAUGAGGAGUUAAAAUAUUCUCUCCGUUCAGUUGAAAAGCAUGCGCCAUGGGUUAGAAACAUUUUUAUUGUUACAAAUGGCCAAAUACCAUCGUGGCUCAACUUAGACAAUCCGCGACUUAAACUAGUCACUCAUGAAGAGCUUUUCCUCAAUAAAAGUCAUCUUCCAACCUUUAGUUCUCCAGCUAUAGAAGCUCAUCUUCAUCGAAUCCCAGGGUUGUCACCAAAGUUCAUAUAUCUCAAUGAUGAUGUCAUGUUUGCUGACAAUGUAUGGCCAGAUGACUUCUAUACCCAUGCUAAUGGACAAAAGAUUUAUUUAACAUGGCCUGUCCCAAACUGUAACGAGGGCUGUCCUUCCUCAUGGGUGAAUGACAAGUAUUGUGACAAAGCUUGCAAUGUUUCAGAGUGCGACUGGGAUGGUGGUGACUGUCUUGGUGUCAAGCGUAAGACUCAGUGGAAUUAUCAGGGGUGGCAGAGCCAGCACUCAAGUUUUCGCAUACAGUAUUGCUCUCCAGGAUGUGCAGAUACCUGGGUAGGAGAUCGUUACUGCGACGUAACUUGCAAUGUUGCGCAGUGUGGGUUUGAUGCCGGUGACUGUGGAGUUGCACAGUUCAGUGAAUUGCAUCACGUAGAUGUCGAUCAAAACACACACACAGUUGACAUACCUCAAGGCAUAACAGUUUUGUAUUUCAACAUUUCAAAAGCUUUUAAUGAAGGGAAAGUAACUUCUGGAGAGUAUUCUGAAACCCAGUGUGUACGAUCAGCUACAGUGGCUCAAAAAUAUAAAGUGUUUACUCUGACUCUCCGAGUAAACUGUACUUCAGCAUCUGUCAGCUUCAAGAUUGAAGGAUAUAGGGAUAAGAAUGAAACAAAAAAGGCAGUCAUUCACUUUAAUGCAACAAUAGAUACAACAGCAGCACAAGAGAUCAAGGCAGUUCCAAUUACAACUCCUAAACCAAGCAAAUUAACAACGACAAGGGCACUCAAAACUCCAUCAUCAAACGUACCAAAACCUCCAAGAACUAUUUAUCCAAUCAGAAUUCAGAAUGCUAACCAACCUUUCAAUUACUGGGUGCUUGCUAAUGAGUCUGUUCACAGACCAACGUGGCCACCCUUAACAAACCAAGACUACGAGAUACCUCAGCUUUCAAAUGACACAGUUUUACCACAACAUGUUCAAAAUGCAUUGGCAGAUGUUGAGAAAAGUUUCAAGGAUGGGGACUUGACAGAGAAAGGCUAUGCAAGAAAGAAGAGCAAGAUUUUACAUGACUUUUUAACCAUAGUUCCAACUGAACCAGCACAUGUACCAGUUGCCAUGUUAACAUCACCUUUACCUGAGACAGAAGUAAAGGUAACAGUUCCUACCAAGUUAGAACAACAGGAAAGAAAGAGUGGCAAAGAAGCUGAGUACAUGAAGACUUCUGAGCCUGUGGGAAAUCACAAAGUGGAAUCACGAUCUCAUCAAAGGAAGCUGUUAUCAUUUGAGAUGUCAGAAAUAGCAGCUGUUUAUGAUAACAUUGGCAAGCAGGACCAUCAAGAUCACCAUGAGAAUUUAGAACAGCAACCGUCAGAGGAUGACUUCUUUUUAGCAGACUGGAUUGCAAAUACUAAACAAAAACACUUGUCAUUUGAAAAUGACCAGGAGGAGAGUAACAGGAAAUGGGCAAAUCGCUAUGGUCACUCUUCGCCUCAAAUACUGCAAAGUGUGGCAAGUUCUCUCCCUUGGGAAAGACGUGGAACAUUUAGUCAGCUUCAAAAAUACAGUGAAAGAUGGAAACAUUCACAGGAAUUCACAAAUUAUCAUGCUCCUGGCCGAAAGUUAAUGGACACAUUUGCAGAUUCACUGCUUCAUGUACACAGAAUCUAUAAUCGCAAGUUUGGGUACAUGGGACGAAAAGUUCCUGCCCAUAUGCCUCACAUGAUUGAUUUGAAGAUCAUGGAAGAGCUACAAGCUCUUUUACCUGAAGAGUUUGACAAAACAUCUUCACAUAAGCUUCGAAGUUCAGAUGACAUGCAGUUUGCAUUCUCCUAUUACUACUUUGUGAUUGGACAGAAGAGAUGUGCAAAUGUCACAGAGUUCUUUGCAGAGGUGGAUGCCGAUCAUUCAGGAAUACUGUCAGAUCGAGAAUUGCGUACUCUGGCAACACGGCUGUACACCUUGCCUUUAGACCUAAAUGACCUGAAUUCUCUUGAGCAAACCCUGUUGAAGUGCGACAACAGAACCAUACCUGAAGCUAAUGAAUCUAACCCAAAUCAUCACCCGAUACUGCCACAGGUGUCGUUGGAAUUUCUCCAGAGAUGUGAUCCCUUGUUAAAAAUGCUGAAUGAUUCUUUCAAGGGUGUUACAAAGAACAAGUUUGAAACUCUUGGAGAUGAAGAUGUCGCAUUUCACAUGAUUCGCGACAACGCAUCUGCUGUUCUACAACAGUUAGAUGCUAUAAGAGGAAAGAAGAAAAAGUUUGUCUGCUUGAAUGAUAACAUAGACCAUAGCAAGAAGGAUGCAGAACUUAUCAAAGCCCUCCUGGUGGAUUUUUACCAGUCUCUAUUUCCUAUUCCAUCUCAGUUUGAACUGCCUCAAGAAUACAGAAACAAAUUUCUUUAUGUCAGCAAGCUGAAUGAAUUUUUGAAGGAAAGAGAGGUCAUAAAAUUUUGGACUAACAUUUUAUUGGCGAUUUUAAUUUUAGUUGCAGUUUUUUCAAUUUUCCCAGGUUUUCUAUUCUAUCUGAUCCAACUGUUAUGUCCUUUAAGGAGACUUUUCUCUUUAGUUCAAAAAAAUAGUUCAUCUACCUCACGUCUCAUGACUGUCUAGGAUGUACAAAUUGUUUACAGAAAUAAAACUCAGAGCUCUUUCAUUGAGUUAGGGACUAUAGCUAGUAAUUGUGUUUGGCUUGUGUGAAGUGUCAGUUACAGACUUUGGACCCGGUGACAGCUAGUAUGCAUCAAAUAUGUGCACUGUACUUCAAUUUUUUCCAUCACACUAACAAAUAAAAUGUUUGCCAACCCCACCCCACCCCCACCCCCUUACCGCUCAAAAUAGUUAAUUAUUAUAUAAAGAUCCUCUCAACCUCUUUGCUUUGCAUAACUUUGCUGUCGUUAUAUUUUGGGGAUAUCUAUGUGUUACUAGACAACAUGAGAGUUGCUAGUGCAAAGUUUUGUGAGAUCAAUCGAACAUUCAAGUUAUGAUUUCGAAGUGACAAUAGAUGACCUUCAAAGAAUAGUAAGAGGAGAAAACUGAAAAAUUUGGCGUGGUAGAUGUGAUGAAUUCAUCUUCACAAGAGUCUAGUUUCAAGCUAGUGCACUGAAAUGACCACCAAAUUAUGCAAAGUGAUACUCGGUUGAGCAAGGAUCCUACAUUGAAGUAAUGUUUAAAAUGACACAAAAUGAUACCAUAGAGUGGAUGAAUGUUCCAGUCAAAAGUCUAAGUUUCUCUGACCAUUUUUGCUGAUAUUAUUCUAUUUAUAGUUAUUUUAAUUUACUGAAACAAACUACAACUGAGCUCAUGGAGUGAAUGAUUUGCAGUCUGAAAUCAGACUUUAAUUAUUUCCAGGAUAAAAAGACUGUAAUUAAAUGAAUUCUUUAGUUAGGCCAGAUACUGAGCAGUUGUAAUUAUUUAUCCUGAAUGUAUUCAGACAAGAAAACUUUUAUUGUGCACCUAAUAAGAUGAUAUUUUUGUUAGAUUUUGCCAAAUUUUAGCUCAAGAAAAAAUUAGCGCAAUAAACAAUUAAAAUUAAACAUUAUGUUAUUUUGCUUUUCAUGCAAUCAUUCCUGGGUCAGAAAUCCUCACUGAAGACAUACAAGUUGUCUGUUGGCUUAUUACCCGGACUUGAAUCUCUGUGUGCAAGUAACAACCAGUUACUCAGUACUACUCAUCUCUUGCUAGCUCCAUGUGCAGAUUGCAGACCCACGAUAGUACAGUGGAAACCCACCUUUCAGCCACCCUGUUAGCGCGGCCACCUUAUUACUACGGCCACUUUAUUCUGGCCUGGACAACCCCUGCCUUACGGCCACUCUGUUAAUAUUGCCAGAAGUUUUCGGCCUGUUACAUAUUUUAUAUUUUACAUAUUUUAUAUACAGCUACAGCUUUGUACCAAUCUAUAAAGAUGGCAAACCCUUUGAUGUUCUAUAAAUACUUGAGUGUGCACAGGGAUGCAAGAUGAUAAUAUGUACCCAUCAUGGCCCAGGUUUUCAAAGAGUGGAUAAUGCAAUCCACCAAAUAAAUUAUUAUCCAGUGGCCAGUGAAGUGUUAACAAAAAAAUGCUAUGCCAUCUACUGGAAAGUGACUUAUCCAGUGCAGAUCAUUACUGAACAACUAAGGCCAGGCUAACGCACACUGUUUACCGGACACUGCAAACAGCUGUCAAGAAACAAGCAAAUAAACUAACAAAAUAACAGAUUAAAAAUGUUAUUAAAAACUUUUAUUUCUAAAUAACACCAAGACAAAGUAAAACCUCUCCCACAUUAUAUUACAGUUUUCCUUGAAGAAACGUUCACACUGUACAGCUAAAUUAGAACACUAAAUUCCCUUAACAAA